AUGGCAUCUUUCUUGAAGAACGCCUUUGGAGGUGCAAAGGCCCCCGAGCCUGCGAGUCCAGAUUCCGACUUCGCAGACUUCGCCGAGGCUCCCAAUCCAGCUCCUGAGGCCGCUACACAGGAUGCGACAGCUGGAAGUGCUGCUGCCGCUGCCGCUACGGCUGUUCCAUACACCAAGUGGUACAAUGUCCACGAGCGUCACUCCCUUUCCGAGUUUAGGCUUGAGGGCAUCAUUCUCCUCAUCUCGAGUUUUAUCUUCCUCCUUCAUAUGAUUGGCGCUCGUCGCAAUCGCUCCAGGGCCAAGGCUUGGAUUCGCGCUCAUGCCCCCGUUCUCCAGAAGGAGUAUGCUCUUGUCGGCUUCGGUGGUGUACCCACCUUGGACAACGAAGAUGUCAAUUCCGAUACACUCAUCAAGGAGAAGUCCCUCUUUGAGUUUGCAACGUACGCUACUGGUCGACAGAACACGGCUUUCACCGACUUCAAGCUCACUCUGACCAAGAAGUUCAACCCAAUUGUCAACGGCUUCGAGCAUGUCGCAAGCUUUUUCGUCGAGACUGUUGAUGCGCCUAAGGAUGCCGUCGAGGUUCUGACCUACCCCUUUGAUGGCAAGGAGAGUCUUACAGUCCCCUCUGCCCCUGGCGCUUCUGAAAUCCGCGCCAAGGAUGCUAAGAGCACCUACGAUGGUUUUGUUUGGGGUGUUGUGCACAAAGACGUCAUGCGUCGCGUCCGCGACGACCGAUAUGAUGUGUCUCUCACCUUCACCAAGGAUAACCCUAAGCUUCCCGCUUGGCUCACUGUCAUGAGCGAGAGCGCCGAGAUCACUGACACGCUCCUUACUCCUGAGCUCAUUGCCGCUGUUCAAGCCGCUGGUGACCUGUUCGAGUACCUAAUUAUCUCCGAUCAGCCUGUCGAUAAGCCUGCUACCCUUGAGGAGACGACUCCCCGCAAGCGACUCUUCCUGAAGUACGCCCUCCCUUCCAAUGGCAAUUACGACAAUCUUCUGCCUCUCUUCUCUCACUUUCUCCAGCUUCCCGAUGUUCUUGUCAAGGUUGCCCAUUUCCGCCCUGAGGUUUCCAAGAAAGUCCGCAGCACCCGUGAGCAUGCCAUCGGUGAGCUUAAGAAGACCGCUGAGAGCCAACGCCAAGAGGAACUCCUUCUUGAGAAGGAAAAGGCCCGCAAGGCUAAGCGUGAUGCUGAGCUCAAGGGUCUUGAUGCAAAGGCGCAAAAGCGAUACCUCGAGAAGGAGAGAGAGAAAGAGAUGCGCAGAUCUCAGAAGCGACAGACACAGCGUGCCUAG